AUUGUCAGGUGACUGUUAGAACUCUGUUGUAAAACCCGGUUGAUAUUAUUACAUCGACAUUGAGUGUUUGAUACGUAACAGACAAAGAACAUGGGUUUCGACGAUUUUCUACCUACGCUUGGGGAGUUUGGUACCUACCAAAAGAUCAUCUGUGCCCUGGUGUCUACCUUCAAAUUUCCAGCUGUUACCAAUGUUCUCGCUAUCGUUUUCCUGGCAACUCCGGCUGACCAUUGGUGUUCUGUUUCUAACUGGGAUACUGCCAACUGCACCGGGUUAGGACUAAAUGAAAGCGACUGUGCAUUUUACAAGAAACAUCUGAGCAUUCCACAUUUUGUAGCAGACGACCAUACGAUUGUAUACGAUCAGUGUCACAAGUACGAUGUCUCCCAGGUAUCGUUUAGCGAUGCAAUGUCGUACUUUGCGGAAAAUACCAAUCAGAGUGGAUAUCAUGACAUCAUAUCAUGUGAUCAAGGAUUUGAGCAUGACAGGGCAUCGUCAGGGUUGACCAUCACUCAAUCGUUUGACCUGGUUUGUGACCGGAAAUACCUGAUCAACCUAUCCCAAUCCCUUUUCUUCGUUGGCGUACUGAUCGGAUGUGUGACCUUUGGUGCAAUAGCCGAUAGAUUCGGGAGGAAAGUAACCCUCAUCCUUUGUAACAUCAUCUUUGUGUUGUUCGGCAUUGGUGCUGCGUUCUCACCCAACUAUAUUACUUUCGUCGUGAUGAGAACAAUAGAAGCGGCAGCCUGUUUCGGCUUUGCUCUCACCUCGUAUGUAAUAGGUACAGAGUUUGUAGGUCCGUCGAAACGUGCGUUUGUCAGCGUCAUGUUGACAGCUGUGUUCCCGUUAGGAUAUAUUCUACUCACUUUCUACGCCUAUUUGAUCAACAAUUGGCGCCAUCUUCUCCUAGCACUUCAUUUGACCUUUGCCCUCUACUUCUUCUUUUACCCCUUCAUCCCAGAAUCAGUACGUUGGCAAAUCUCUAAAGGUCGGUAUAAAGAGGCUCAAGCAACUGUUAAAAGGGUAGCUAAGAUCAACAAGGUCAAACUCACAGAUGAUUUCUUCUACCAGCACAACUUUCACAAGAAAAGGGAAACGACAAAUCCUGAGAGGAACCAUGAUCCGAAUCUUAUCGAUCUCUUCCGAACACCUGUCCUACGAAAAAGAAUGAUCGUGUUGAUCAUUGUUUGGAUGACGAAUAACCUGAUCUUCUACGGAUUGCAUCUAAGCACGGGUAGCUUCGGGGUCAAUAUCUACCUUAGUUUUCUUAUCUCAGCAGUGGUAGAAGUAGUUGCUAUGAUCAUUUGCGUCCCAGUGAUCGAACGGGUUGGACGUCGAUACAGCCUCAUCGCUUGUCUCACCAUAUCCGGCAUCGCUAGUUGUAUCGCCAUUUUCAUCCCUGUCGGUGCCGCAAAAACUGGGGUAGCCAUGGUGGGGAAGUUUGGUAUCGCUGGUUCCUGGGCGGUUGGACUGAUAUACCCCUUUGAAAUAUUGCCGACUGUGACGAGGAAUGUGGGCAUUGGCAUCUGCUCCUCGGCAUCUCGUGUGGUUGCUAUAGCAACCCCUCUCAUGCUCCUCCUCUAUGAUGUAUGGGCACCUGGUCCUCUUGUUCUCCAAACCAUAGCUGCUCUGGUGACGGCCGCUCUAUGCCUCAUCCUCCCUGAGACCAGGGGCAAGAAGCUACCCGAGACGCUGGAAGAUGGUGAAACAUUUGGAAUAAAAACGAUAGAGGAUCGUCACAGCAUGGAAAAGUUACCAACAAAAUUAUGAAGCGGAUUGGUGACUGCAUCGUUACUAAUCUGUAAUCUUUGGACAAAAUCAUGGUCAAACCUGCAAUGCAUGCAGGUGAUCUUGUGAAUGGUUGCACCAUCCAAUACCUGCAAUAGAGCCUUCAUCAUAUUACUGAUUGACGUGUUUUAUUUCUGGCUGUAAUAGUAUGGCCUAAUGCAUCAUCAAAGGUUUAGGCCUUUGAAAUAAACAAAAAUACCGUCCCUACUUUAUCAAAUAGUCAAAUAACAGAAAAUAAAAGUAGAUAUAUGUUCCACAAUGGCAUGCGAGAUAUAAAGUAGUUUUUCUUGUUUUCGAUAGAGAGUUGGUUUCUGUCACAGUUGUCAAGGAAAUUAUUAUGUCUACAUUAAUGAGAAAAAACUGUGAAGGUAUUGCAUAUGUAAAUUUAUAAAAAUGAAUUUAUUAUUUAUGUUUUAUAUGUUUUCCCAUGUACGCUACAUGUACAUUACAACUGAUCAAUGGGUGAAUGUGGAAACGUAAAGAUCAAAAUCAACAUAUUAUACACGGUUCAGCAUUUGCUAAAAAUGCAUAAAGCUUGAACUUUAAUAUAAGGAAAAACGUACUAUAACUCGACGAUCUCCAGUUGCAUUGAUAUAAGCUGAAGAGAGGAUCUCCGACACACACGGAUAAUUUUCUUAGAUCUGACAACAGCUUUAGAGAGAAGUUAGUCCCUUAGGAUUAUAUGCCCGAUCAAUUAUAAAAAGCGUUGUACAUAGUGUACAGAAAAUCAUUUUGAUCUUUAAUGACCCAGACGUCGUGGACGUGAACAUUGGUAAAGUAAUGCUUACAUUUGUUUGUUUUAAUGCUGAGUGAUGUAUCAUUAUUAGGCAAUAAUGGUGCAAAGGAGUAUUUUGUUUUAUUCCAUAGGAUUGAUGUUAUUUUGGUUUUUGAUGUGUAGGAACUGGAAAACUAAGAAAUAAAGAAAGAAAAAAGAAUCCCGUAUACGGUUAUCGCGCAAUGUAUAUACCUUGUAUUCUCAGCUCACCCUUUGAAGAAAAAAAUGGGAGUGGUCAUAAGAAAACGACCUAAUGUGUGAAUAAUCAUUUAAUUUCUCGAUUCCUCUUAUGUUUCAAUCAAAACUAAGCAAUCGAUGACUGACAAAGAAAGGAAGAGAGAGAAGAGAAAGUAUGUGAGUCAGAAAGAGCGUUGUAGUUGGGAGAGCCAGUAACCCGGGUUCGAUUCCCGGCGGAUUUUUUUACCUUUGCAAAAGAUUCCGAAAGGGACGACAGAAAUGAGGAACUUUCAUCUAAGCUUUGCAACCAUUAUUCUCUCACUUGCUUUCGAAUUGUAUUUAUUUCCACGAGAGUUACCACAACUGUUUUACGGGUUAUUUCCCCACAUUUGUUUAUAUUACAUAUAUAUAUAUAUAUAUAUAUAUAUAUAUAUAUAUAUAUACACCGGCUGUGUCAUAGAUCAGUAACAUCCGUGUCACAGGUCAGUGACCCAUACUUGACCGCACAUCCCUUAUAACACGUUCACAUAAUCACAUCAACUGAAUAAACACACCGACAGCCCAACACACAAGCAAGGUAAAACACUUUGGCCCGAAUUCACAAAGCAAGGUUUGAGCUCAAACCUCCUUUUGUUUCGCCAAACCUCCUUUUGUUCUUUACAAACCAGGUUUGUAAAAAAACGCGUAAAACGCGUCAUAUGACGUACGAAAACCAAGGUUUGUCGACAAACCUCCUUUGUGAAUUCGGGCCUUUGAAUUUGCAUAAUUAUUUCUAAGUUUAUUCCGAAAGUAUUUCUCGUACUAAUUUUUGCUAUGUUCAUGAUUCUUGACUAUGAUUGAGUGAUAUUAAGUUUGUAUGCCGUGUAUAUUUGUUUAUACAAUGUAUUUGUUUUUGUAUGUGUUUGUACUUCAGAACCUGAAGAAGGCCUCACAAGCCGAAAGCUCGUA